AUGGGUAACAACAUUUCGAAAAAGAGAAAAGAUAAUAGACCCAGUAUUGUGCGAUCUGAAGUGCCAGACAAUGAGAUAUCCAAUGCCACAGCCACAUCAGUCAACUCGAUUCUUGUCAAUUCAAGCAUCCAACGAAACAACAAGCCAACAUCCAUACCAGCAGCUCAAAACGCCUUUGCGGAUCAACAGCAGCAACAGCAGCCUAUAUCACCACCAUUGCAUAGCCCCAUUGCAGAUAAUCAGCUCACAUUUACAUCACAAAAUCAGCUCACAGCAACAUCCAUUCGAUCUAUUGGCUGGAAUCUGGACAUUGAUGAAUGCAUAAACCGGCUCAUGGAGGUGGGCGUCAAGAACAAGAUUACAAAAUCCAUCUGCUUUAGAAAUUCAGAGAUUGUGGCCAUUUGCAGAGCAGCGCAGGAAGUGUUUCUGAGUCAGCCUAGUCUGAUCGAACUGAACCCGCCCGUCAAAAUUCUGGGUGAUAUACACGGCCAAUUCCAUGAUUUAAUACGCCUCUUUGAAAUGGGUGGGUUUCCUCCUGAUUCAAAUUAUCUCUUCCUGGGCGACUAUGUGGACAGAGGAAAGCAGAGUUUAGAGACGAUACUGCUGCUGUUUUGUUUCAAGAUCAAGUAUCCUGAAAACUUCUUUUUGCUACGAGGCAAUCACGAGUGUGCCAACGUCACUCGAGUGUAUGGAUUUUACGACGAAUGCAAGCGUAGAACAAACACCAAAGUGUGGAAGACAUUUGUGGAUGUAUUCAAUACACUGCCUAUUGCAGCGUUGGUAGCAGGAAAGAUAUUCUGUGUUCAUGGCGGUCUCAGUCCUUCGCUACACACCAUGGACGAUGUACGAAAUAUCAUGCGACCCACCGACGUGCCUGAAUACGGGCUCUUGAACGACUUGCUGUGGUCGGAUCCAUCCGACACAGCCAUUGAAUGGGAGGACAAUGAGCGAGGCGUGUCUUACUGCUUUGGCAAAAAGAUUGUAAAUGAGUUUUUGGCAAAGCAUGAUUUGGAUCUCGUGUGCAGAGCUCAUAUGGUGGUGGAAGAUGGAUAUCAAUUCUUUAACGAGAGGACAUUGGUUACCGUGUUCAGUGCGCCCAACUACUGUGGUGAAUUUGACAAUUUUGGAGCCAUCAUGAGCAUAAACGAGGAGCUGCUAUGUAGUUUUGAGCUGCUAACACCUAUGGAACACCCUUCAGCUGCCAAAGUACAGGAAGCCCAAAAGAACAAAGGCCGUCGACCAAGUCCUCCUAUGAUUGAUCCUGCAACUGUACCUGAAGAGCAUGAAGAUGCGCAGUCAACACCUACUCCAUAG